AGGAAAAAAAAAUCCUCCUCAGCUGUGGCACCAAUACCUAACGACCUGACCGGUCUCCGCUCGUUACCGUCAAUUUGGGGAAAUGGAUUUAGCCUUGAUAGGACAGGACGCGAGCCCGCACGGCUCGCGGUUGUAGAAGGAGAUCAAAAGACGCGUGGUGUGCGCGCGGACGCCUCCGUGUCUUAUUCUCAGUGCUCCUCUCCCCUCGGCCGGACUCAGGUCUGUGUGGCGUCAGCAGGCAAAAGCGGCCCUUCUGCUCUACUCUACUUAUUCUUUGUGUGCGCAUGUGUGGCUUGCGUGUGAACCGGCAAAAUCAGAGAGCAAAGCAGGCCAGCGCGCGACAGGGAAGACGGGCAGUGUUGAGGUAGCCCAGCUAGCAGCUGCACGGUUUUUUUUUUUUUUUUCGCACUGCCAGAGAUGGUCACGUCCACACAGGGGAUCCUUCUGCUGCCGAUGCUAAUAUGUCUCCAGCGCUUCGUUAACGUUUACGGUACGAAGACAGAAUGUGAAGCCAAUCAAUUUCAGUGUGGAAACGGUCGCUGCAUCCCGUCCGUGUGGCAGUGUGACGGAGAUGAGGACUGCAGCGACGGCAGCGACGAGAACUCAUGUGUUAAAAAGACUUGUGCGGAGUUGGACUUUGUGUGUGACAAUGGGCAGUGUGUCCCGAAGCGGUGGCACUGCGAUGGGGAGCCCGACUGUGAAGAUGGUUCUGAUGAGAGCUUGGACAUCUGCCACAUGAGGACAUGCCGGAUGAAUGAGUUUAGCUGUGGCGCCGGCUCCACCCAGUGUAUCCCAGUCUUCUGGAAAUGUGACGGUGAGAAGGACUGCGACAGCGGCGAGGACGAGGUCAACUGUGGAAACAUCACAUGUGCCCCAAAUGAGUUUACAUGUGCCAGUGGACGCUGCAUCUCCCGGAACUUUGUGUGUAAUAGCGAGGAUGACUGCGGCGAUGGCUCGGAUGAGGUGGAGUGCGCGCCGUCCUCCUGCGGGCCCAGUGAGUUCCAGUGUGGAAACUCUUCAUGCAUCCCGGCUAGCUGGGUGUGUGAUGAUGACGUUGACUGCCAGGUGUUUUUGUUGAGCCUUAAGUAUCUGCAGUAG